AUGAUUGGUGCUUUUGCAUCAGCUGCUGCCGAGAACGAUUUGAAUAUGGACUUCGCACUAGGUCCAAACCAGGGGGCAGGGGUACCAGUCCAGGAUCAGACAGCGCCAGGAUUGAGCACUGGGCUAGAGUAUGGACAUCUGAAUAUCAGUGGUGGACAGCAAUAUUCAGGACCAUUGCCUGACCCGGAUCUUUCAUAUUCAGGACGCAGUCCAGGCUACUGGGUAUUUCCAGACACGUCCGCAAGUCCAGCAACAUUGGUUGCUGCGGUAGCUGGGCAAACUACUCGCUCCACUAACAACGAAAUAUUCUUGAACCAAUCGACAAUGAUCGAUCUCACUGCUAUGGUCCAGGAUGGCAAUGUGAAUUUCACGGUGCCAGGAGUAGUCUCUGACCAGUGGAUCCUUUUUUCCUUUUGGCAGAGACGUACUGGUCAGUACGAGUCACGUCAAGGCUUAACAAACAAUUACCCAUUGACAUCGAAUGGAUCCUUCAUCGUGGACCACUUCAGUGCCGCGGGAGCGCAGCUGUCUACACAGUUCAUGGACCAAAAUGCCAUUACUGCUGGAGACUUUGAAACUGUCAGCAUGUACGCUUGGGAGGAUUCGGCAGAACUGGUGGCACCCCUCUUGUGGACAGACAAUUUCACUCAAUCUUUCCUUUCCAGACGUGGGUAUUCUCCUACAACUGCCUUACCAUUGUUUUUCACAUCCUAUCCUGCCCGUACAUUCUAUUAUGAUCAGCCAGACCAGGGCCAAAAAUAUGUCAAUGACUACUACCAGACCCUGACAGAAUGCUAUCUGGAAUACCUACAGACUUUCAAACAAUGGGCCCACUCUCGCGGCUUUCAGUAUUCUAACCAACCUUACGGUUUUCCUAUCGACUUCGUUGCAGCUUCCUCUGUAGCAGAUGCGCCAGAGUGCGAGAGGGGCGUGAAUAUGGCUCAAGCUCGUAUCAUGAGUAGUGAGACAGGGGCUCACUAUGGCCAAUCAUACUCCCUGACGUGGCCGACUUUGCUGUUGGAUGUUCGGUCGAAUCAUGCAGGAGGGGUGAACCUCCAAGUUUUCCACGGCUCACCCUAUAGUGGUAACUAUCCGAAUACGACCUGGCCAGGUUACACGGCUUUUAUCUGGGAGGGCUACUCAGGCAGUCAUAAUGUGCGCCAGCCAUCAUGGUCAAUGUACCCUUCCAUAAUUGAUCAAGUUGCAAGAACUAACUUUGUUCUUCAAAACGGGGUACCGCAAAUUGACCUGGCCAUUUAUCGUUACAGUUUCAGCACCGGUCUUGGGACCAUUUGGUCUGACCAGGGAUUGUACGACGCUGGAUAUACAUGGAAUUACAUAUCUCCUGCAAAUUUGGAACUGCCUACAGGUACUCUGACAGAUGGCGUUCUCGCGGCCCAGGGUCCUUCGUACAAGGCGAUCUUGGUGAAUAAUGAGAGCUCUAUGCCUCCAGCUGCGGCUGGAUACAUAUCGUCAUACGCGAAUGCUGGUUUUCCUGUUAUUUUUAUAGGGACGACACCAUCCUCCACUCCCGGGAAUAAUAUCACGGGUGACGCUUACGUUAAUGCCACCAUGGCAUCGAUCUUGUCUAACACGAAUGUCAAAAUUGUGCCUUCACAAAGCGAUGUCGUCUCUGCCCUCGAGGAAUUAAAUGUCUUGCCCUUUGUCAAUACCACCCUUUUGACUGUCCACCGAUGGAAUGCCACGGAAUUGACUCAUUAUGUCUAUCUCUACAAUCAAGGAGCUGCGUCAACGCAGAUCAUCACUUUUCGAACCGGAGAAGGGGUUCCAUUCCUUUUGGACUCCUUGACUGGUAGCAUUGAACGGAUUGCAGCAUAUACACAGACCUCCUUGACUACAUCGGUUGAAGUGAUUCUUACGCAAGAUGCAAUUGCUCUCAUUGCAAUUGGUCCACCCGACAACUUCAAUGGCAAUGGCGCUGGAUUGAAGACGCAUGCUGUCCCGAACCCCAGCCUCCAAGCUAAUGUCACCUACGGAGCAAAUUCUCUUGUCGUCAAAUCUUUCACAGGUGGCGAGAUGACGAUCAAUCUGUUCAAUUCAUCCACGGUAAACGUGACAAUCUCCAACCCUCCUGAACGCCAAACAUUGGACAUCUGGAACAUCACCAUUCACGGAUGGGAACCCACAGCCAACAUAUAUGAUGCAACCAACCACACGGAAACUAUAUAUCAAUAUGAUAAUUUCAGUGGGCCAGCGAUCAGUAAUUGGACUUCAAUCGAUCCGCAGUUGCGCAACGUAUCUGGGAUUGGCUACUAUAGGACCACCUUUGACUGGUAUGGCUCAACGACAGACGGCGCGAUCCUCGCUACGGGCCCAAUAUUUCAUACGCAGGGAGCGACCCUUAACGGCAGAGCUUUGGACCCCUUUGAGCUCUUCGACCCCUGGAUUGACAUCACAGGAAGUUUGGAAAUUGGAACCAAUGAACUAGAAAUUCAGAUAGCAACAACGCUUCAAAUCGGCUUCUGGGUCUUGAUUAUAACAUUGAAACGAGCUCGGCGUACGCAAMCCCGCCAUAUGCAUCUCGCUCAGGAGACUAUCAAACCUAUGGAGUUGGAGAUCCUGUGGUCAUACUUCCUUAUGCAAUGGCGGAAAUCCAAGUCUUAUGAGGAGGCUGUCGAUGAAAAAAAGCUAAGGGAAACUCUUUUAAAAUUUAUUACUUUCUAG